AUGCCAUCUGCUAAAAUGAGACUGGCAUAUUCAGUAAUAUCAGUCCUAUUUAUAUGGCUCUCGUUUUUUGAUCAUGUCAAAGCAUCAUAUGCUGUUCCAGCAAGUUACUACAGUGGAAUAUCACCCCGCGCAAAUCUAGCGUACUUUGUACGCAACAAUAAACUAUACAACUAUGGAGGCCAAGUCCCCACAAACUAUACUUCAGACAUCUUCACCUCUCUGUCACUGUCACAGUCAGACGAUCCGAACAUAAAAGGAACGAUGGAACUUGAAACUGUCCCUCAAGCACUGCCUGGCUCUAAGAAUUCUUUCUCACGGGCAACACUCUUACCUGACGGAAAUAGAGCCAUUGUCUUUACUGGAAGUGAUGAUGCACAGCUAGAGUACAACGAAACAAUAUAUUCCUACAUCUACAAUUUCAACAGCCCCAAUGCAUCCUGGGUUAGAUUUCCAGCUCCAUCAAACGCUACUGGACCAAUGCUACGCACUGAUUUCUCGGCAACAUUGGCUCCAAACGGAAAGAUUUAUAUUUAUGGAGGAACUACAUUAAUUUUAGAUGCUAGCUAUAAUGAUAUAUGGUCUUUUGAGCCUUCCACUGGCGUCUACACUGACCUUACCACUCCCGACGCACGAUAUGUCUUUGGGCAUUCGGCCAUUGCCCUCCCAGAUGGAAGAAUUGUAUUUCUUUUUGGUGGAGUAUCUGAAACGAACAUUUCAGAGACUAUCGCAGUAUCAUCUAAAGAUAUCACAAUAUUCGAUACCAAAACUAAUUCAUGGUCAAACAUCACGGCUACUGGUCCACCUAUCAGUGAUCGAAUUGCUGCUAGUGCAAUACUCGCUGCCGAUAAGAAGUCAAUCAUCGUAUAUGCAGGAAAUAACGGCAAAAAUCUUUUGACUGUUCAAUCUUAUAAUGAUGUUCUUGUUUUGGAUACAACUACAUGGAUCUGGACUAUACCUGAAGUUGCUGGCCCAGCUUCUAUUCGCCGCAGUCGUGGAUCGAUUGGGCUUGUGAGUGACAACGUUGUAAUAAUGGCUUAUGGAGGAGAACUGAACGAUUUUAGUAGUAAUAUUGAUGUACUCAGAUUCAAUAGUCAGACCAUGACCGAUUUUGUCUGGGUGGCUAAUAAGGCACAGUACAACGAUCCAAGCAUAAAAGACGGCGAAGAAAAUGUCUUUACCGGGUUGAGCGGAGGAGCUAUUGCAGGAAUUGUCAUUGGUGUUCUCGUGUUUGUUAUCGUUGUUCUGAUGAUUGUCUUCAAACUAUGGAGGCCUGUACUAUCUUUCAUUUCCUAUAUACACAGUGAUAUUGUCUGGAGACCUCGAUCAGGAGAGCCUCUUUGGACAGAAACAUGCCGUCUCGUCUGUCGCUUUAUUAUCUUGCUGAUAUUCUUUGCCUUCUUUUCUUUCACGAUCUGGCAAGUAGUCCGGAGUCCAAUUUCAACAAUUACCAUUCGUACCGCAGCUGCUGCUGUACAAACACCAGAUAUUCGUAUAUGCUUUGAAGGUUGGAAUAACGCAGAAGGUGCCUAUGCAGCCGACGAAAAUGGCGUAGCAGUUCGAUGCAACACUGACACCGGAGAUGUCUGUAAUGAUUACGUGACUCUUCUCGAUAUGUCAAUUUCUGAGCCUCGAUUCUCGGAUAGUAUUGGCAACGUAACUUGUUUUCUAUAUGCGCCCCCUGACAGCUUCAGGCUAGUCAAAACACUCGAUGGAUCUACAAACGGAACCCAAUUGACCUUUUCACUGUUUGGCGACGGAACUGUUCAGGGUGCUAUCCAUGCCAAUAUAUACCCUCCAGGAAUGGAUCCCAACGUAGCAACCUAUAAUAUCAACACUACAAAUGUUGCACAGCUCUAUUCACCGGCCGACCUGGCAGAGUGGCAGAGGGCUGACAUGGAUGACAAGAAGGCUGAAAAUGUAUAUGAUAUAGAGCCAUCUACAUAUUCGACCAUAGGAUACAAUCUCCAGAAUCACCGAUACCUCCAAAAUAAUGGCUGGAACAACGUAGGCUUUUUGCCAGUAUUGAACGAUACACCCGAGAUUACUACCAUAUACCGCUCUGGUGUCCACAACCUAGCAUUCACAACCCAAACGCCUUCUAUGAUUGGUCGUAUUGUAGUGUUUCCAAAUGACUUUGAUGAAGUGGUACUUAAGGAACAAAAGGUCUACAGCUUACUUAACGCUCUUGGCUUUGUUGGUGGUGUCUUCAGUCUUCUGAUCGCUGUCCAAGCAUGGCUCUUUGGCUUCCGUCCAAACUCUCCCUGGGGUGUAAUCCACCGAUGGUCUGUUGGCUCAAUGAAACAGUCGAUCAAGAGAAGACUUCGUACUCAGUUCAGUUCUCUGCACACUCCCAUUCCUCUCAUCAACCCUGUCCAUCGCCGAUUCUCAACCUUCAACCUUCCAAAUUACCAUAAUCCAAAUGACGAUCCACUAUACCUUGACCAGGAUGAAUUAGACCAAGACUACCGGUUAGGAAGGAUGGAAGAGCGUAUGCAGUUGAUGGAGUUGUUGUUUAAGUCAUACUACAUCAACGAUGAAAUCUUUAAAGAACUCGAUUUGGCAAUCAAGCAAGAAGAUAAUAAUAUCAGUAUUCCGAGUAAAAACGAUUUGACCCCCACCGACUCCGACCGUAUGCCGAUGGCCAUGCGAAACAGACGGCCCUCUUCUCCAAUAAUGCCCGAAGAAUUCCAGGCACAAGGACCACAAUCAUCGCUGUCGUCAUCUGUCCAGCCACAUCAUAGUCGCCCUCCGAUUAGUAACGCUUUUACUGAUGGAUCGACUGGUACAGGAUUAACACCGGGAUCCCAGCAGAGAUUACUGGGUACAAAUAAUAAUAAUAAUAAUGAUCAGAGACUUUAAAGUGCUAGAUUUGGAAGUACAUAUCGUUGUCUAAAAAAUUAGAAGUAAAAGUUGUUGGUUUUAAUUAAUAACUUGGCACUGUUAAUACACACACACACACGUAUAUAUGAUAUAUAUAUAUAUAUAUAUAUAUAUAUACAUAUUAAUUAUUAAUUAAUGAUUAAAUAAAUAAGUAAAUUAUAGUUUUUAAAGUAUAUAUAUAAUUUAUAAUAUAAUAU